AUGAAAAUCCUCGAUGUCGGCUGCGGUCCCGGGUCAAUCACGAUAGGGCUAGCCAGACUGGUCCCAGAGGGGGAUGUUAUAGGGCUCGAUUAUACAUCCACUCAGUUUCCAGAAGCACGAGUUCUAGCCGCCGAGCAGUCCAUCUCUAACGUCCAUUUCCAACAGGGUGAUAUCCACAAGUUACCUUUCGAGGACGGGACGUUCGACUUUGUGACUGGUCAUCAAAUACUUCAACAUAUCCAGGACCCCGUUCAAGGAUUAAAGGAGAUGCGCCGGGUGACCAAACCCGGAGGGUUUGUCGCCGUGCGAGAAGGCGCAUCUAUGACUUGGUAUCCGCCGUCUCCUGGAAUGUCCCAAUGGCAGGAGACUACUGCUAAAGUUGGCUCAGCUAUGGGGGCGAAUCUGAAUGCAGGUAAUAAACUGCAUGUCUGGGCCAGGGAAGCUGGAUUCAAGAAUGAAGGUGUCAAGUGCUCGGCGGGCACGUGGUGCUUUAGAACGAAGGAUGAGAGAGACUAUAUAGGUGGCAGCAUGGCGGAUAGGGUUCUUCCUGGUACCAAAUGGGGAGAUAUUGCGGUUCAAAAGGAGAUCUGCACGAAGGAGGAUUUGGAGGCGAUGUCAAGGAUGUGGAGAGAAUGGGUUGAUGACGAGGAUGGGUGGUUUGCCAUCCUGCAUGGCGAGAUCGUGUGCAGCGUGUAA